UUUAGUAUUUUUUCAGAAAACGGAAGUUUUGUUUUCAAAAACAGCCGCAACAGUUUUUUGAAAGCAACUUUUUAAUUUGAUAAUAAUUUAUGUUUCUGCCAUUAAUUCUUCCUCUUCCCCCACCCCUCUCUCUCUCUCUCUCUCUCUCUAAACUUUACCUUCUUUCAUUCUUCUGCUGUCUUCACCUCGUAACUCGCGCUGACAGUGAGGAAGCAAACCCGUUUCGUUUCUCUUCCUUCCCUUCUGUUUUCGGAAAACAUUUUGUCGCAACAGAUAUUCAUCGUUUGCUUUCUACAAUUGCUCAGUCUUGACAGCUCAUUCAUACAAAGUUCCUAGUUUUGUUUCCCAAAAUUUCAAUUUCAUGCAACGUUGAAACUACUUUAUAGUCGUCACCACCACCAGCAAAAAUUAGGUUUUAAUUUGUUCGGAGUCCAAUUCAUCAGAAUUAGGGUUUUGAAUUCUCGUUCUUCUGCAAUGUCGCCCUCGGCAUUGUUCGAAAUCGAUUCUCAAGUGUUUGAGUAAUAAAUUUGGUUGAUUUGGGGGUUUGAAAAUUCUCCUAAUACAAUGAUGAUGUCUGUGUCUCCGACGUCUCUAACUCGGAGUUCGCUGGAGGAGAUGUUGGAGUCUCUCCGGCGAAAGGACGAGGAUGACAAGCCGCGUGACCUGCCACCGGCGUUGCCUGCUCGGCCCACUUCCAGGGCUCGGCUUCCCGCCGCCAGGCGGUCGUUGCCGGCAAACUUCAAUGUUGAGACCGCCAUGGCUGCUCCGACGAAGUCGUUGAAUCAAUCUAGCACAAAACGAGAGGUUAAACGACCAAGAGUUGGUAGUUUUGGGGGAAAAAAGGACAAAGAGUUUCCCGGUGAAUCGCCGUAUGUUAUUACAGUGCCGGAAGAGAAGGAAUGUGAACAGAGUUGGGAGAAAACAGACACUGCAAAUCUUGCAGAUGAGCCUUCCGCCUCACCGCCGAGGUUUCGGGAAUCGGAGUGGAAUGAUAACGUUGGUUAUUUUAUUAAGAAGAAACUUCGUGUUUGGUGUCGGCUCCCAAAUAGGCAGUGGGAGUUGGGACAGAUACAAUCAACUUCAGGGGAGAAAUCAACUGUUUUGCUCUUGGAUGGAACUGCGGUGAAAGUGUCAACAGGGGAGCUCUUACCUGCAAAUCCAGAUGUCCUUGAGGGUGUGGAUGAUCUCAUACAGCUUAGUUAUUUGAACGAGCCAUCAGUUCUUCACAACCUUCAGUAUAGAUAUUGUCAUGAUAUUAUUUAUAGUAAAGCAGGACCUGUUUUAAUAGCAAUCAAUCCCUUCAAAGAUGUCCAUUGUUUUGGAAACGAUUUUAUCACAGCUUACAGGGAGAAGCUUUUUGACAACCCUCAUGUUUUUGCUAUAGCAGAUACUGCCUAUAACGAAAUGAUGAGAGAUGAAGUGAAUCAAUCCAUCAUCAUAAGUGGGGAAAGUGGAGCUGGGAAAACAGAAACAGCAAAAAUUGCAAUGCAAUACUUGGCUGCUCUUGGUGGUGGCAGCGGUGGGGUAGAAAGCGAAAUCCUUCAGACAAGCUGCAUUCUGGAAGCAUUUGGGAAUGCAAAAACAUCCAGGAAUGACAAUUCUAGCCGAUUUGGGAAGUUGAUUGAGAUUCAUUUUAGUGCAAUGGGGAAAAUAUGUGGCGCGCAAAUCCAGACUUUUCUGCUUGAAAAGUCAAGAGUGGUCCAGCUCGCUCAUGGAGAAAGGUCAUACCAUAUCUUUUACCAACUUUGUGCUGGUGCUCCGUCUGGCCUCAAAGAUAGACUGAAUCUGAAAUCGGCUGUUGAGUUCCAUUAUCUAAGUCAGAGUGGCUGCUUGGCAAUUGAUGAUGUUGAUGAUGCUAGGAAAUUUCAAAUGCUUAUGGAAGCCUUAGAUACUGUUCGACUUUGCAAAGAAGACCAAGACAAUGCAUUUGAAAUGCUUGCUGCAGUGUUGUGGCUGGGAAACAUAUCAUUUCAAGUAAUUGACAAUGAAAAUCAUGUAGAGGUGGUGGUUGAUGAAGGUAAGGUCUAUAUCUUGGUUUCUAGUUAUUUUUUAUUUUUUAUUUAUAAAAACCAGGAGUAUGAAUUAGAUGGAAUUGAUUGGACAAAAGUAGAUUUUGAAGACAACCAAGAGUGUUUGGAUCUCUUUGAGAAGAAACCUAUAGGGCUAAUAUCUUUGUUGGAUGAAGAUUCAAAUUUCCCCAAGGCCAAUGAUUUGACCUUUGCUAAUAAGCUUAAGCAACACUUGAGUGGUAAUCCUUGCUUUAAAGGAGAAAGAGGUGGAGCUUUUGGUAUUUGCCAUUAUGCUGGAGAGGUUCUGUAUGACACAAGUGGCUUCUUGGAAAAGAACAGAGAUCCACUGCACUCUGAUACCAUCCAACUCCUUUCAUCAUGCAGUUGCCGGCUCCCUCAGUUGUUUGCCUCCAAUAUGCUUAACCAAUUUCAUAUGCCUGCUAGUCCUUUACACCAGAUGGGUGUGCUUGAUCCUCAUAAACAAAGUGUUGGCACAAAGUUUAAGGGUCAAUUAUUCAAAUUAAUGCUGCAGUUGGAGACCUCCACACCGCACUUCAUUCGUUGCAUAAAACCGAACAAUAAGCAGCUUCCUGGCAUCUAUGAAAAGGAUCUUGUCUUAGAGCAACUCAGGUGUUGUGGAGUUCUGGAGAUUGUCCGGAUCUCGAGAUCUGGCUAUCCUACUCGAGUGACACAUCAAGAAUUUGCAAGAAGGUAUGGUUUCCUACUUGAGGAGGACAAUGCAUGUAAGGAUCCAUUAAGCAUAUCGGUUGCCGUUCUGCAGCAAUUUGAUGUCCUCCCUCAUAUGUAUCAAGUUGGUUAUACGAAAUUAUAUUUUAGAACGGGGCAGAUUGCUGCAUUAGAGGAUACGAGAAAACAAGUUCUGCAAGGCACACUUGAGGUGCAGAAACGAUUUCGUGGUCAUCGGGCUCGUCGUGACUUCCACGAACUCAAGAAAGGAGUAACAACACUGCAAUCAUUUAUCCGUGGUGAGAAAGCUAGGAGGGAGUAUUAUUUAUUGAUAAAGUUGAGAAUGCUGGCUGCUCGCAAGACACUAGAAGAGCAUCUGAGGGCAAUCAUCUGUUUACAAUCUGUAAUUCGUGGUUGGUUGGCAAGAAGGCAUUCUAAUUACCUGCAGAAAUUGAAAAAGUCUAUUCCUGAUAAUACAAAACAAAAGCAUGGGAGGAAAAUUUCAGAAGUCAAGGAGGUAUCGCAAGCACCUGUUCCGCCUUCAGUUUUACAAGAGCUUCAGAGGCGUGUUGCAAAGGCAGAAGCCACUCUAGGGCAAAAGGAACAGGAAAAUGCAGCAUUGAGGGAGCAACUAGAGCAAGACAAGGCAAGAUGGUCAGAAUAUGAGACAAAGAUGAAAUCCAUGGAGGCAAUGUGGCAGAAGGAGAUGAUGUCUUUGCAAGUGAAUCUGGAUGCGGUCAAGAGGAGUCUUGCUACUGACAACACUGCAAUUCAACCUGGGAGGGUAGAUGGUUUCGCUUCGCCCCACUAUUAUGAUUCCGAGGAAACCAUGUCCAUGGGAGCACAAACUACCGGUGGAAACACGCCCAUCAAGGUUUCACAUACUGGUAGAGAUGUCGGUGCAGGACGAGAGAUUAAUGGUGGUUUGAAUGCUGUCGGUCAUCUAGUGAAGGAGUUUGAGCAACGGAAGCAGGAUUUUGAUGAAGAGGCCAAAGCCAUUGCUGUGGUCAAAUCAGGGCAUCCUAUUGACGAGCUUCGGAAGCUGAAACUUAGGUUUGAGACGUGGAAGAAAGAGUACAAGUCUCGAUUACGAGAGACGAAAGCUAGACUUCUCAAACGUCAUCCAGAAGUGGAAAAAAGUCUUCGGAACUGGUGGGGAAAGAAAACCAAAAGAGGGAUGUAGUGCUUUUAGUAUUAGAUUACAUAUAUCAUCUAUGUUGGGGGUGUGGAUAAAAGGCACAACGAGAGUAACAUUCUGGAAAAAGGAAUGUUUGUCAAAACCCUAAUUGUAGUUUUUUUCAGGAACGUUCUCGUUCCUGAGGUCAACCCUCGUGUUGUUUGUGUUACCGUAGCUUGAGGAUAGUGGAGGGAGGGAGGGAGGGAGGGAGGGAGAGCGUUUUUAUUUUCUGCCAAUUUUUGUUACUUGGUGGAAGCUUGGGGUAGUUUUUAGAGUCUAUUUGUGAAUAUGCUGUUGUUAUUGAUGUAGUAGUUGCAGUGUCUGUAGCUUUUAGUUGUUAGUUUGAGAAUAUGGAAGAGAAAUGUUUGUAUGGUGGCCUUUCAUUUUUCUUCUGUGGAAAAUGUGUCGUGUUAUUUAUAGGAUGUCUUUUAAAAAAUAGAAAUACUGAAAUUUCUUUCAUUCUCCAGCAACA